ACUGCAAACCGUCCUUAUGGUCUCCAAAAACUCUGUACUUGAAAACUCGUAGACUACGCUUCCAGAGACGUCGAAUUCGAAGCCAAUAAAGAGUUCAGCUUUCACACUUGCUAUGUCGAAGCACACUCGCGAUCAAGCUCUGGUCAAUUUGUUACUAUGUUCCAGGAUUUCCAGGGGUUUUUGAAUGACUUGCAGGACUGGGAAUUUUCUCUCAAAGACAAAGACAGAGACAAAAGAAUGAAGACCCAGGCUUCUCAAAAGGAUAAUCUGAAAGUUGGUGAAAAGCUUAGACCAAGUGGAAAUACAUCUAUAGUCGAUUCUUAUUCUAAUAACUAUGAUGCUGUUAGCCGCAUAUCAAGUAGUUUCAUGACUGAAGAGAGUCUUCCAGAUGCUACUUCAGAGAAAGAACUGGGUAAUGAGUAUUUCAAGCAGAAGAAGUUUAAAGAAGCUAUUGACUGCUAUUCAAGAAGCAUUGCCCUGUCUCCCACUGCAGUAGCCUAUGCAAAUAGGGCUAUGGCCUAUCUUAAAAUCAAGAGAUUCCAGGAAGCAGAGGAUGACUGUACAGAGGCCCUAAAUCUAGAUGAUCGCUACAUAAAAGCAUACUCACGUCGAGCUACGGCUAGAAAAGAACUUGGGAAGUUUAAAGAGUCCAUUGAGGAUUCAGAGUUUGCCUUAAGGUUGGAGCCUCAAAACCAAGAAGUCAAGAAACAAUAUACUGAGGUCAAAUCUUUGUAUGAGAAAGAGAUUCUUCAGAGGGCAUCUGGAAAGCUUAAAAGUUCUGUACAAGGAAUGGGGAAAGUUGGAAAGCCAGGGAUAAAAGUGAAUGGAGGUGAAGGCUGUGCUGUUCCAAAUACCACUCAGAAGACUGGAGUGGUAUAUAUUCAAGAAAAUCAUUCUAAGGCAAGUAAUGGAGAGAAUACUGGAAGAACUUCUCUCUGUGUGGAAGAAUCAGAAGACAGAAGUAUUGGAGGUCGAAGCAAAGCUAAAGGUCAGCAAGAUGUUUCUCGAGCAGAUGCUAUACGAAGUCAUGGUUUGGAGAAGGGCAAUUGUAGAACCAGAAGACACAACUUGAACCCAUCUGUUCAGGAACUUGCUUCUCGAGCAGCAUCUCGAGCCAUUGCUGAAGCUGCAAAAAACAUCACACCUCCAAAAUCAGCUUAUGAAUUUGAGGUUUCUUGGCGAGGCUUCUCUGGUGAUUGCUCCCUACAGGCUUGUCUGUUGAAGGCUACUUCUCCUUCUGCACUGCCCCAGAUAUUUAAAAAUGCCUUGUCUGCUCCUAUACUAAUUGAUAUCAUUAACACAGUAGCAACCUUUUUCACUGAAGAAAUCGAUUUAGCUGUCAAAUAUCUUGAAAAUUUAACCAAGGUCCCAAGAUUUGACAUGCUCAUCAUGUGCCUUUCAUCUGAAGAUAAAGCUGAUCUCCAGAAAUUAUGGGACGAAACAUUUUGCAAUGAAGCUACUCUAAUCGAGUAUGCUGAUAUUCUUGAUAAUUUGCGUUCAAAAUACUGCCUCAAUCGCUAAUUGUCCUGAUGGAUGUGCAAGAGAUGUGUUGAGCUAUUUGGUUUGUCUCUUCUAAACUUCUGAAAACUGUAAACUUACAUGUAAUGUUGCAAUCUUCCACCACUUUUUGUAAGCAAACCAAUUAACUGGUAGCAAAGUUGUCCUCCCGCUACGAUUUUUUUUUGGAGGUCCCCUCAGCUCAUGUCCAAAUUCCGAGAUUUGUCAGGUAUAGUCAAUGAAAUUAAAAGUAAAGACAUUGAUGGUAGGCUGAA